CUCUCAGUCAACCUGCUCUGUGACCUAUGAAUUAGGCCCAUGAAAUGUUAGUUCCUUGAGAAAAGAAGAUUGGAGUCCGUCGUGGUAAAUUGGAACCGAAUGCAGAGAAAAUAAUUCACCAAAAAGGAUAUGACCAAUUACCUGAGAUUCAGAACCGGCGGUGGACUGGCCCUGCUGUGCGCGCUUCUGGGGACGCUGUGCAAGACCGGGUCUGGGCAGAUCCGCUACUCGGUCCCGGAGGAGCUGGACAAAGGCUCCUUCGUAGGCAACAUCGCCAAGGACCUGGGGCUGGAGCCCUGGGAGCUGGCGGAGCGCGGAGUCCGCAUCGUCUCCAGAGGUAGGACGCAACUCUUUGCUCUGAAUCAGAGAAGCGGCAGCUUGAUCACCGCCGGCAGGGUAGACCGAGAGGAGCUCUGCGCUCAGAGCACACGGUGUCUAGUAAAAUUUAACAUCCUGGUUGAAGACAAAUUGAAAAUUUUUGAUGUAGAAAUAGAAAUUAAAGAUAUUAAUGAUAAUGCCCCUGAUUUUGUAACAGAGGAAUUGGAAAUAAAAAUUGGUGAAUUAACAGCUCCUGGAACUCAGUUUCCACUUAAGACUGCAUUUGACCCAGAUGUGGGCGUCAACUCUCUGCAGAACUACGAGCUCAGCACCAAUGACUACUUCUCCCUGGCUGUGAAUAGCCUCUCUGAUGGUGCCAAGUACCCAGAGCUGGUGCUGGAGCGUGCUUUGGACCGUGAGGAAAAGAAAGUUCACCAGCUUAUCCUCAUUGCUUCUGAUGGUGGCGACCCUGCCCGCUCUGGCAGCUUGUGCAUCCAAGUGGUAGUUCUGGAUGCAAAUGACAACCCACCAGUAUUUACUCAGCCCGAGUAUCGAGUAAGCGUUCAAGAGAACUUGCCGGUGGGCACCUGGCUGCUCACGGUGAAUGCCACUGACCCUGAUGAGGGAUUCAAUUCUCAAGUGUCCUAUAUACUAGAUAAAAUGCCUGGGAAGAUUGCUCAGAUUUUUCAUCUCAACUCAGUCACUGGAGAUAUAUCAAUAUUAAAAAGUCUAGAUUAUGAGGAUGCUAUGUUCUAUGAAAUUAAAAUUGAAGCACAAGAUGGACCAGGUCUCCUUUCAAGAGCUAAGAUUCUAGUCACAGUUCUGGAUAUGAAUGACAACGCCCCAGAAGUUACAAUCACUUCUCUCAUAAGAUCAGUCCCUGAAGAGGCUACUGCUGGAAGAGAAAUUGCCCUUAUCAAUGUGCAUGACCGGGAUUCUGGGCAAAAUGGGCAAGUCACAGUUUUCAUUCUUGGAAAUAUGCCCUUUAAUUUAGAAAAAUCAAUAGACCAAUAUUACCGCUUAGUGACAGCCAGAUCCCUGGACCGUGAAAAAGUGUCUGAGUAUAACAUCACUCUGAGGGCAACAGAUGGAGGAAGUCCACCGCUGUCCACCGACACUCACAUCACCCUGUAUGUGGCAGAUAUCAAUGACAACCCACCUACUUUCACUCAUGACUCCUAUUCGGCCUACAUUCCUGAAAACAACCCCAGGGGAGCCGUCAUCUUCUCUGUUACAGCCCAGGACCCUGACAGCAUCGAGAAUGCCCACAUCACUUAUGCACUGACUGAGGACACCAUCCAGGGGGCACCUCUCUCCACCUACGUCUCCAUCAACUCCGACACUGGCGUCCUGUAUGCGCUGUGCUCCUUUGACUUUGAGCAGGUUAGAGACCUGUGGCUACUAGUGACAGCCAGUGAUAGCGGGAACCCUCAGCUCAGCAGCAACGUGUCCGUGAGCCUGUUUGUACUGGACCAGAAUGAUAACAUGCCUGAAAUCCUGUACCCUGCUCUCCCUACUGAUGGUUCCACUGGUAUGGAACUGGCGCCCCGCUCCGCAGAGCCUGGCUACCUGGUGACCAAGGUGGUGGCAGUGGACAGAGACUCAGGCCAGAACGCCUGGCUGUCCUACCACCUGCUCAAGGCCAGUGAGCCAGGGCUCUUCACGGUGGGGCUGCACACGGGCGAAGUGCGCACGGCGCGGGCCCUUCUGGACAGAGACGCACUCAAGCAGAGCCUGGUGGUGGCAGUCCAGGACCAUGGCCAGCCCCCUCUCUCAGCCACUAUCACGCUCACCGUGGCCGUGGCUGACAGCAUCCCAGAUGUUCUGGCCGACCUGGACAGUUUUAGCCCCUCUGCCAACCCAGAGGAUUCAGACCUCACACUGUACCUGGUGGUAGCUGUGGCUGUGGUCUCCUGUGUCUUCCUCGCCUUUGUCAUCAUACUGUUGGCACUGAGACUUCGGCACUGGCAUAGGUCCCGCCUGCUCCAGGCUUCGAGAGGUGUGUUGCCGGGCAUGCCAGUCUCUCACUUUGUGGGCAUGGACGGGGUGCAGGCUUUCCUGCAGACCUAUUCCCACAAGGUCUCCCUCACCUCGGACUCGAGGGAGACUCAUCUGAUCUUCCCCCAGCCCAACUACGCGGACACGCUCAUCAGCCAGGAGAGCUGUGAGAAAAGCGAGCCUCUCCUGGUAUCUGAAGAUUUACUUGAAACAACAGGAGACCCCAAGCUACUUCAGAGACUAUAUCUUUGAAAAGUAUUACUGAAUUGAUAAAAUGGAGAGAGUUGAAAUAC